UCACAACAUAUACAGCUUGAUGAAUGAGGCUAAGUAAUCUGAGCAGAAGCUCAUGCGUCCUGGCAAAGCUGGGACUCAAACCCACAAACUAACGCGAGUUCAACGGAACCAGGCACACGAGGACGCACAGAGAACGUGGGCCACGGGCGGAGGAGGGAAGGGGAGGUGCAGAGGGAAGGGGUGCAGCGCAGGCGCAGGAGGGGCGGGGUCGGCGCGGGGCGCAGGCGCAGGCGGGGCAGGGGCAGCGCGCAGGCGCAGGAGGGCACGCGGUUCCUUGAGGAACGCCUCGGCGGCGAGCUAGCCCUCGACGUGUGUUUGCAGGUGCCCAACGUUCCUGUGCUUGGAGCCCAGCGCGAGGUGGCUGGCGACCCUCCUGGCAGUGCUCGUGACCAGAACAUGCCCCGUGAGGGGCGCGCCUCAGUGCUGACGGACGCUUCCCUUCCGCAGGUGCAUCUCGCCCUUGCGCCUCAUCAUCCAGGAGCGGUGCCUUGCGGGCAGGCGGGACCCGGGUGCGGCAGAGACCCCAGCAUAAAAAGACCCACAAUGUCCACCAUCUCUCUGGACAUAGACGACAAGGAAAUUUCCUGUGUGGACCUCAAGCCACUGACGGCGCUCAUCUCAGUCGGCUGCGACUUGAACCAGAAAGCGAGAAGGGGCUCAAAAAUCAAACCAGUGGGGCUCGAAAUGCCAAAAGGACACAUGCCCGAGUCCCCAGUUCUGGGUGGCGUCAGGCAGCUUCUCACCGUCCCAUCUUGCUCACAGGGAGGUCUCGGCCUGCUACAAGGGCAUUCUGCACAUCAUGGCCCUGAGUGACAGUUACAGCUACGUCACUGAGAGGGACGCCUACGACCCCAACUUCAGGGGGCAGAAGGCCACUAAGGAGCAGGUGGUGCACUACCCGUACGACAGGCUGGGCUGCCCCGACCUCGUCUAUUAUGACAACCCAUGGAAGCCUGUGGUGGAGAUGUGGCGGAAAGGAAAGUUCCAGGAGGUGGUCCACACGGAGUACGUCCUGCAGGAGGUGAACGGGCUGUUCACGUACACGUACUCCCUGAGCGCCCGCAGCGCGCUCUGCAGGGCCCAGCCGCAGAACUGGACCACCGUCAUGGAGCCCGCGGGCGGCGAGGGGCGCUCGGCCUGGCGCUGGGAGGUAAGGGCCGCCUUCCGUUCCCACAAGAGGUCCCGGCAACACGUCGUGGGCGGCCAGGUGGCGGCCGCUGGUCACACCCAGUGUGUUCGGGGACGGGCUCCGUGCGCUGGGGCUGCUGUGCCCCCACCACAGAUCAGGGCCGUGCGACCGCAGACGCCCGCUCCCCGCGGUCCCGGAGGCCGGGGGCCCAAGGCCACGGUGACGGCAGCGUCCUCCGACCGACCUCCCAGCUCGCAGACGUGCUUCCCGCCGCGCUCAGAACGGAGGUUACGCUCUAACUUGAUAAGAAGAAACCGCAAGUUCUACAAAACUUCCCCCUCCCCAGGGCUGAUGAAAGAAAAAACAGUAACAGGACAAUCUUAA